AUUGCACAUACUGUUUAGUAGUUUGUCCAUUAUUUUGCCUCUAAAAUAAGUGAUUAUGUAAUUUGCAUUAAAGGGCCUAUGUCAUACUAUUGUUAAGUCUUUCAGAGUAAACUAUAUCCAUUUGUAUGAUAUGUCAUAUUUAGUAAAGAGAUUAAAUGAAAUGAGUUGUUUUUAAUGGGAUCUUUUCCAAUAAGGGAACUAAGACUAGUCGAUCUCACAGGCAAGAUUCCCUACAUUAUUCCCUUGAAAUACAGGUUUGAUCUCUUUUUUGUUUUUUCCUUCUUUAUGUCCCCAUCCAUUCAUGCCAGCUCCCUAUAGUGAAAGUAUUUACUAAAUAUGCUGAACGUUUCACAUUGUUUGCCACAACAGUUUCUAAAAAAAAUAUCAACUCCAGGUGCUUAUUCUGUGUACUUUACGUCUCUGAUUUUCAGGAUGGCAUCCUGGUUAGCUGUGACUGUUCUCCUUAUGUUAUCUUAUCAAAAGUGUGCUCACACUGAGACUUUCUUCCUGAAGGAAGGAAAAACUAAUACAUCCAACCUUGAUCUAAGUCCCAAUUUAGGAAUCAGUUGGAGACCCCUUUGUGUAAAUGAACAGCCUGGCUUUUCCAGUCCUGAUGCAGAAUCAACGUUGGUGUGGCCAUGCUGUCAAAGUUUUCCAUCUCUGAGUAGCAGAUAUGAGGAUAAAUCUACGGCAUUGGCUGCAGACACUUCUUGCUCCAAAGUGAGAGAAACAGCAAAUGUGUGCUUGCAGAAUGAAGCAUGUGAAACUGUCCAAGAAAAUCCUGUUCUGAAAGAAGUUCAGAGGCUGCUUGAACAGUCCAAGUCCCUGAACAGUGUUGUUCUGCCAGCAUUCUUGAAGAAACUCCGAACAUUGACAGUCGACUUCUCUAAAGAAGUAACUGAGUCUCCACUCAUUAUUGAAGCCAUUGUUGUGAUCUUGAACAAUGUUGCAGCUUCGGCGUUGCUCAUAAAUAAAGAUUAUAUGGAGGACAUCUUGUUCACCACAGAUGUUCUCACCAGAGAAGAAGCAAAAGGGUCAUGGAUUUUUCUGAACAGGAAUGACAAAAUCAUGAAUAAUAGAACACAUAAAAGUAGCAACUCUUUACUCCUGCAGUCUCUUGAGUUAUUAACCAGAAGCCUAACUGAUAACCCUGUAAACAUUUCCACUCCUCUGAUUCUCCUGAGGAAAACUGCUUUCAUCGAGGAUUUCAGUGGUGACUUUGAGUCGUUUGUUAAGGUGGACAUACCAGAGUCUGAUAGAGGGUGGAAGACCUUAACUGUUUUAGUAUUUUCCUCUAUGGACAACGUUCUCCCUCCAAGAGAUGAAGUUAACUCAUCAUUUAACUCAAUCAAUGGAAAUGUUGCACUAAUUCAGUCCAGUGGGGAAAUCACUAAUAUCUCCAUAAGAUUUGAAGUUUUUGAUGAUACACUCCAAAAUCCAAAAUGUGUUUUUUGGAACUUUAAUCUUCUUGACGGUCUUGGUGGAUGGGAUGAUGACGGUUGCUUUGUGGUGCUUAGAGAAAAUAAAGCUAUAAGCUGCAGCUGCAACCAUCUCACUUCUUUGUCAAUCCUUAUGUCUGCCUACAGCCCAAAUUUGUUCUUUGGUCAUCACUGUAAUCAUUGA